GUUAAACCAGGGCAGGAACGUAAGGCUCUGCACUGAUUUACUCGUCAUAAUACAGUUUCCAUCAUGUAUUUUUCCUAUAGAAGCGGACCAAACAGCUAAGUAGUAUCUGGGAGGAAGAAAAACAAACAAACAAAACAAAAAAACAAAAAAAACAACAACAGAACAACAAUAGUUAUCAUUCGCAAGGAAUUUAAAACAUAUUUUUUCUUUCAUAGAGUGAUCUGUUUGAAUGAAGCUAUGGUUGUCAAAAAGCUGGCAAAGGAAUCUCAGUUGCCCUCUGUUUUGGAAGAUAAUGUGGCUGAGAUGGAGGGUGAGCUGCUUGGUGAGAGCGAGGAGCUUGGUGGGAUUGGAAGUAGACCACCCAGCAGGCCCAGAAAGCUCUACAGUAGGGGCAGUGUCGACAGCCAGACGGUCACGAGGUCGGACGCAGACCCUCGCAGGUCGCUGAGCGGGCGCCCGGGGGAGGAGAUGGCGGACGGCGGGAGCGACGGGGUGGAGGGCCCGGAGGGUGAAGACCCCGGAGAGGACACAGACGGGGGGCCCGCACAGGCGGCUGAAGACCAGGACUAUGACACCGACCUGGAGAUGGAAGAUGAGAAGGUGCCCUACGACCCCACUGGAGAGACGUGCUACCGUUCGGCCUGCAAGGUCUUUGGGGUGGUUCCUGUGUCCUACUUCCUGAGAAACAUGCAUACCAGCGAGCUGAACAUGAUGCAUCAUGGACUGGGGCCACAGGGUACCAAAGCUCUGGCGGUUCCCUUGGUAACCAACACCUCCAUCCUGAAGCUGAACCUCAGGGACAAUCGCAUGGAGGGCCCGGGCGGGGCCGCCAUGGCGGAGAUGAUGACGGAGAACUGCUUCAUCACAGAAAUGGACCUAUCUGAGAACAGGCUGGGACUGGCCGGGGCCCAGGCCAUCUCUAGCAUGCUGAGGGAGAACAGCACGCUGGUGAGCAUCAACCUCUCGGGCAAUGACUUUGACGACCACGCCGCCCGCCACCUGGCUGACGCCCUUGUGACCAAUCAGAAGGUAGAGGCCCUGGACCUGAGCUAUAACAGGAUGGGGAACAUGGCAGGGGAGCUUCUGGGAAAUGCCAUCGCGGAAAACACGGCAGUGAAGGACCUGAAUCUGAGCUGGAACUGCAUUCGCGGGAAAGGCGCCGUGUCUUUGGCGAAUGGCCUGGGGGCGAACAUAUUCCUCCGAAAGGUGGACCUGUCUUACAACGGCCUGGGGAAGGAGGGGGCAGUCGCCAUGGGAGACGCCCUCAAAGUCAACAACGUUCUGGAGGAGUUGAACCUGAGUAUCAAUCGGAUACCCCCCGAUGGAGCGAUCUGCUUUGCGUCAGGACUCCAGCAAAACAAGACACUCCGAACGCUCGCCAUGGCUCGAAACCCCAUGCAGACUGCCGGAUGCUACAGCUUGCUGAAAGCCAUUAAAGAAAACCCAGAGUCCGCUGUGGAGUUUCUGGAUUUCUCUGACAUCCCGGUGAACCAGGAAUUCAUUGACUUGUACGAGGAGGUCAAAGAAGUAUUUCCCAACCUGCGCGUGCAACACGGAGGCUGCCUUGGCAAAAACAAAAAGCCAAAGUUGAAGGACGCGUCGGAGAUACAGGGGAACACAGAAUCAGCUGAUAAAACUGAAGAUCAGGGACAGGCACUAAUAUAGCUGAUACUGGCAACCAGUGAAGAGGAUUACUACUUUAGCUGAUUUUGGAUCCACUCUGCACCAAUUAAAUUUUACAGCAGCAGGUAGCUGCUUCAAAGCCUGGAGAAACAUGCUAUUAUUGCUAAUUAAAUGCUAAUUGAAAAUACUAAGCUAAUGUUGCUUGCGCUUAACAUGCCAUAUUGUAUCUUAGCAAUUUAUACAAACAGACAAACAAACAAACAAACAUUUUGUAACAUUUUUUAACUGUAGUGUGAUACAUUUGCAAAUCUAUACUUCAAUAAACGGGCUUUUAUAUGAUUGAAAGUGCUAUUUGUUUGAAAAUGUUGCCAAUAAAACAUGCAAACAUAAAAA